CAUUUUAUGUUUACACCACAAUGAAACUAAGCGUGAGUGCGUACCGCGCACACGCAUCGGCUCACAAGAAAAUAUUGUCGAGCGGUUAUCACUCACAACUCAACUACGGCAGCACAGGGGCAGCAGCCUCUUCGUCAACAGCCUCAUCAGCUGGCCUGUAUGCGAUUGAAACUAGCGAAGUUCCGAUUACUUUCCCCCCAACAAUGAAUCCAGCCGAAUGUAAUAAUAGUGACUCGGAUGUGAUCAGUCCCACCGGUACCAGCAGUUCGGGGCAUGAUCAUGUUCGUGUCGACAAUAAACGCCGAUCGAAGAGACGAGACGAUGACCAGAACAGUAAUGCCCACUCCUCUGAUAGUAAAAGUCCGAGUCAGAGGAAAUCACGUAUCGGAGAUGGAACUUCGGAUCCAGAAUCCGAUUGGACACGAUCGAAUCAACGAUGGAUGAAAUUACGAACAACCGUUCAGAUAUCAUCUGCCAUGCAGAAGAAACCACCGCUGAAAAGGGAAGACUCAUUUCUUAAACGUUUCUCCACACGACAAAUACCCGAAGCUCAGGAAACCGUCGAAGACACAGGAUCAGAAAGUGCCUCUGGGGAUGUUGAUAAAACUGUUAAAAGGCGUAGACGUUACCUUCAAAAGCGGCGUUCCGUUGUUAAUCCCGAUGAAAAUUUUCAUUUCUACUGGCUGAUGGUGCUAACAAUAUGCGUUCUGUACAACCUUUGGACACUUAUUGUUCGUCAGAGCUUUCCCGAGUUACAGCAAGCGGUUCCAACAUUCUGGUUUAUUUGCGAUACCUUAACAGAUGUGGUAUUCGUUCUUGACAUUGUUGUACAAUUGCGAACCGGCUAUUUGGAACAAGGUCUCAUGGUUUACGAUGAUAAGAAGUUGGCUAGCCAUUAUAUACAUUCAAAAAACUUUGUACUGGAUAUGAUAUCGUUGGUGCCAUUUGACUUGUUGCAACUUCGUAUGGGUCCUCAGCCCCUGUUACGUUUUACUCGUUUCUUUAAGGUUUAUAGAUCUGUUCGUUUUUAUUAUAUUGUUGAAAGUAGAACUGUUUGGCCAAAUUUAUGGCGCGUUGUUAAUCUAAUUCAUAUUCUAUUAAUAUUGGCCCAUUGGUUCGGGUGUUUCUAUUAUUUAUUAUCAGAAGCAGAAGGUUUUCAGGGAGAUUGGGUUUAUCCAUACCGUCCAGGAGAUUAUGCGACAUUAACUCGAAAAUACUUGGGAAGUUUAUACUGGUCGACGCUAACACUGACCACAAUUGGUGAUUUGCCAACACCGGAGACCAAUGCUGAACCAAAUUUCUCGGUGGACGGCCCAAGAUCGAUCCCCAGGCGUGGCAUCAAAUCCCGACUACUUCAGUUCGGUUCAAGUUAUGGAUACGUUUUCACGAUUGUCAGCUACUUAAUUGGCGUCUUCAUUUUUGCUACCAUUGUUGGUCAAGUUGGCAAUGUGAUUACCAAUCGGAACGCAAAUCGCCUGGAAUUUGAGAGGCUACUGGACGGCGCAAAAACCUACAUGAGACACCACAAGGUACCCGGAGGUAUGAAACGACGAGUUUUACGUUGGUACGAUUACAGCUGGUCCAGAGGCCGCAUACAAGGAGGUGGUGAUAUUAAUACUGCCUUAGGACUUUUGCCCGACAAACUGAAGACGGAAUUAGCGCUGCACGUCAAUUUGAGCGUUUUAAAGAAAGUCACAAUUUUUCAAGAAUGCCAACCGGAAUUCCUGCACGAUUUAGUGCUGAAAAUGAAGGCGUAUAUUUUCACCCCAGGCGAUUCAAUAUGUCGCAAAGGCGAAGUGGCUAGGGAAAUGUUCAUAAUUGCCGAUGGCAUCUUGGAAGUGUUAAGCGAAACCGGCAAAGUGUUGACCACCAUGAAGGCGGGCGACUUUUUUGGCGAAAUAGGAAUAUUAAACUUGGAUGGUCUCAACAAACGAACUGCUGAUGUCCGUUCGGUUGGUUACUCUGAACUUUUUUCCCUUUCGCGCGAAGAUGUAUUGGCCGCUAUGAAGGACUACCCAGAAGCCCAAGAAAUACUUCAAACACUGGGAAGAAAACGUUUGAUGGAGGUCAGAUGUGUGAAUAAGAAACACGCCAAGGCUAAGGCGGAUAAGGAUGCUGCAAAUCAUCAAGGACACCACCAUCACCAUAGCCACCAUGUUAAUCACAGUGAUAGUAGUGAAAACAGUGCCUCAAAGAAGAUUGUCGAUAAAUUGAGACAUGAUGUUAAAGGAUUCCGAAGUGUACUUAAAAAAACAAGGACAUCACGAAGGAGUGAUGAAUCACUGGAAAUGCAGCCGUUGCACAACACAUCUCCCAAAAACGGGAAAACCGUGUUGAAACGAAUGUCCCGUGUGCGUUCCGAUGAGAAGGAAGAAUCAGCAGAUGUAAAGGCCGAAUUACACGAUAAAACUCCUAGUCCUAUUGGGGCCGGGCUACCCCUGUUGCAAAGACUGCGCUUACUCAAAGAGAAACAGGAUCGCGAAGAGCGAGCUGUUAAAUCUACACCACCACAGAAAUCUCCACCUAACUCACAUGUAACCUGUACGUUAUCACCACAGGAAUCGAUACAGGAGGAGCCCGAGCGGGAGAUCAACGAAGGUUUGCCAUUGAUUCAACGAUUGCAGCAACUCAAGAUCAAAAACGAUCCUCCUGCUGCUGCACAGGGGACGGACACAUCUCUACCGAUCGCAUCGGUAGCGGAAACGACCAAAAAAGUAGAAAACAUAUCGAUUGCAAGUAGUAGUCACAGUGUCAUGGCCACUACGUCUCUGGCUGUGGCCCAAAUCAAGCCGAUGAUGAAGGUGUCCUUCAGGCAGAGGAUACAAAAAUUGCAAGAGGCUGCCGAGAGUUCUAGUGGCGGAAGCCCUAAAAUGCCGGCAAGCCAAAGCGCGGAGACGAGUGAAAAACCGACUACGACGACAGCUGCAUUCAAUGGCGGCGCCAAGAAGGAACCUCCAAAAUCAUUAGCUGUUCUCAAGUGCGUCGAAGCCCAGACAGCUGUGGUCGAUAAACGGAAGAGUGACGGGUCCAAUACAUCGCACAAACCAAUUUCCAUAAUCUCAAGUCAAAUCGUUAAACCGUCCACAGCCACAUCCUCAAUUGUAUCCGAUACAGAUACUCCGAUUAGACCAUGGUCCAAGCUUAAAUUGGCGACAAUGAUUUCGUCCAGUUACACAAGUUUAGCCACCUCGAACACAUCCUCAGAUGAUAUUUUUUCGCCAUUGAAAAAUUACUCUGAUGGCAAUAUACCGCAACAGAUAACGAAAGAGGGAAGACCCCAGAAGGAAUCGAAACCUCCACCAGUGCCAGCAAGAAAAAGAGGCUAUCGCCAAGAUGUCAAGGGCCAGGCAUCGGGGAUACCCGAAUCGAGCAAACAGACGAACACGAGCAAUGGGCACAGUGACACGACAGUUAGCAGUUCGAAACUUUAUCAAUCUGUAUUCGAUUUAUCGCCUGAAUACAGCGGCUUGCCGUUCGUCAAACGGCUAAAAAUACUAAACGAACGGCAAAAACUGGCCGAGCUGGAGAGCGCCCUACAAACGCGUAGUUUUAGCUUAGACAGUUCCAAAACAACCAGCUGUGUUCCAAUAUCUGAAGCAUUGUACCGUUGCCACAGCGAUGCGGCAGGCAUAAAUUCACAAUUCUUAUCAGUGUACGAGUCCAGUUCGACGACAUCGACUAAUACAUCCGCGUCGCAGACCCCAAAGGGUGCGCCGCCCUCGCAGUACCAUCGACAACAUCACUUGGAUUCGGUGCACUACGACUAUGCCCCCCUCAGUCCAGAGUCGAACGAAACUAUCGAGCGGAGAAAACUGAAAAGCAUUCUCAAGAAAUUCAGCCACGAACGUCAAAAUCGAAGGUCACCUCCCGGAACAGGCUGCGAUGCGUCCACAGAUUCAAAAUCGCAACAUAGAGGUCUCUCAACGGAGCCCACCGUCGAAGGGUACGUGGCGCGGCACAGUAAACUGUUCAAGAGUGUAACAUUCAAUUCAACUCUUUCUAGCCCUCCCAGCAAUGCUGGCAGUCUACAAGAGGAUCCCACAUACACCGAAAAACCUUUGCAUUCGCCUCAACCAUUGACACCAACCGCAACGGGUGCAUUUUACGGCGAUUCGGUGAUGUCACCGCCCGAUCUUCUACGUGCCGAAUCAAUUGCAUCGUGUACCUCAGCCAACGUUUCGCAGACAUUUCAAAUGAAUAGUAGUAGCACCUUAACCAUGUAUCCCACAAAUUUUUACCCGCUUACCGAUUCAAAUCACGCCACUUGUCCGACUCAUGUUCCAUCGUUGACAGGUUAUGCCGAAGGCCAUGACUGUUUCAGUCAAAUUUUGUGUGGCAUUGACAAUGUUAUUCGAAAACAUGUCAGCGAAAUGCAUUCAAAGUUUGAAUCUCAGUUCUCAAGCAUGGCUUUGGAGGUGGAGAAGAGGGAUGCCCUGAUUGCGCACCUACAGUCGAAGGUCAGAACUUUGGAAUUGAGUGCAUCGUCCACGUCACGAAGAAAACACCAUCGCGAGAAAAUCAGUGGGACAAUAUGUUCGGCGGACAUGGACGACGAAAAUGAUGCCAAUGCUGAGGACGAUAGUAGUUCGGGUUCGUCAGCGGAAUUACUCUUUAUGCGUGGCGAUUCGCUGGAUACAGUCUUUACUUCCUCCCCUCCCACUCAAUCCAAACGACAUUAUCCCUCGUCGCCAAACACCAGUCGGAGUCGAGAAGAUUUCUCCUAUGACUACGGUCCUUAUGUCAAAUCCGGCAAUGACAGUAAGAGUAAAAAUGGCAAAAGCAAGACCACAAAUCCCGUCGAAUUGGUUGCGAAUAUGGCCGGUAAUCUUACACGACUGGGCGACAGUGUCAUCCUGGAUAUUGGCGAGAGCAGUUCCAGUUCAUCUUCGUCGGAGGAGAAGUUACAUUUGGACGAAGAAGCUGAGGAGGAAGCUGCAAACGAAGACAACGACAGUUCUGACAAACAGGUACACCACAAUGAUUGGGAAGUUCGGAUGUUGGCCGCAGAAAUGGAGAAGCAGGAACGAAAACGCGGACUCUCCCUCAGCGAACACUCAGCCCUGCCCAACAGCAAAAUAGGUAGCAGCUUUCUUCGAAGACGAAGAAAACUAAGCGAUACUGAAACGGAAUGCAGCGAAACGGAACUCGACCAGAUGUCACCACACUCCCGACCCCGUGCCUCAAGCCUCGACCAGUUUAACAUGAGGUACGGCAUCGGCCGCAGUGGCAUCUUCAAGGCCAUGAGCAUCGAUCGUGAUAAAGACAAACUUUGAAAAAUAGUUAAAUGCACAAAAACCCGUUCUUAUGUUAAUAGUAUUUUAACCAGUAAAUUAAAGCAAUUUCACAGUAUUGAAACGUACAAUUACAUUCUAGUCUAAACUGUCUAAACCAAAUACCAAACCAAACACAUACAUACAUACAACAUAUAUAAUUAGCUUUACGACUAACAAACGAGCGCAAUAACGCCAAUAGCAUUUAAAAAAUUGUAUUAAGGGACCACAGUGCCCAGUGUCCCCAGUCCCUCCCUCGGUCACAACAUUAAAUGCA